AUGGAUGCCUUGGCAAAAAGGGUUUUCGAGAAAGGAUUUGUUGUCAAUAUUAAAAAUGGAAGGUAUAUUAAUUUAAAAACCGAAAUUGCCAAAUUCAAAUUUUAAAAUGUAGAUCAAGGAAAACUUCGAAAAGAUAACUUCAAUCAAUUUAUAUAACGUAAUUACAGUGAAGCAAAAUUGAAUAAAUAUACGUAAACUUAAAUAGAGUAAACUAAAAUAUGCAAACAAACCUGAAUCGUGCCUGAAAGUCCACCACAAAUUGGAAAUCAAAAUUUUGAACAAGCUCGAAAAUUCUCUGCACUCGUCUCUGAAUAUUAGCAGAUCCGUUUUAUAAACUUUACACACAAUGUGAUCUACCUAACUCCCUUUUCGGUGUAGAUUAUUUUAACAAUUUUCCAGUAUAUAAAGAGCUGUAAAACAGCAGACAAGUACCGGUCCACAAUUUAUCGCUUUAUUCUUUUUCGAAGCAACAGGCGCCAUUCAGUAAUUCACUCACAUGGCAUGGCAUGAUUGGCACAAGCGUCACGCAAGCACAUCACGGAUGGCACGCGCAAAACAUUAGGCGUUUCCAGUCCCUGUCUUCUGGAUUGUCUAUGGUUACAGCGUCUUGAAAAAUAAAAGUGCUAACGUCAGCAUUAUUUUCGAACGCCUUCAGAACUGUGUUAUACACAAAAUUUAGUUAAAAAUUCUUGGUUAAGAUUAAGACAGGACUUCCUUACCUGAUAUAAAUAAGAAUUUAAACAUCUUGGCUCAAACUUGCCUUUAUUUUAGCAUUUGAUUUCUGGAUAAGUGCUUGGUUGUUAUAAAAUGGUUACUGUGUGCCGAUAUCAAUUCAAUUGCAUGCCUUUUGCGAUGCCUCGGGAAAGGCAAUGGGUACAGCCAUUUACCUGAGAUCAGUCUACGAAAGUGGUAUUGUACAAGUUCGUUUAGUCGCUUCAAAGACCAAGGUAGCGCCAAUUAAGAGACAAAGUAUACCUCGACAAGAACUGCUUGGAGCAGUUAUACUGGCCCGACUCGUUGAAACUGUUGUGAAAACCAUACCCCGAGAAGUUGAAAUAUUUUACUGAACAGAUUCAAUGACUGUGUUGUAUUGGAUCUUGAAUCUUAAGCAGUGGAAACAAUACGUGCAACAUCGUGUACAAGAGAUACGCAGCUUGACCAAGGAAGGAGACAUUGUCCAGGACAGUUGAAUCCUGCUGACCUGCCAUUCGAGAGGGAUUAGUGGGGCUGACCUUGUGAAUAAUUGUUUGUGGUGGUCUGGUCCAGAAUUCCUUCUCAAAUCGGAAGACCAAUGGCCAGUGAGUCCAGUAAUCGAUAAGGGCAACGCGUUUGACGAGCUGGUGACACAUCUUACCCCGACAUCGUUCGUGAUGAUCAAUCAGAAUGGAUUGAAAAGAAGUGCGGGUAUUAGUGAAAUGAUUGACUGAGAACGAUUUAGCAACCUGAACUCCUUACUUCGAGUAACGGCAUAUGUAUUUCGGGCAAUCAAGUACUUCAAACAACAAGGCAAGGAUAAAUCGAGUCGAUUGGCCAAACAAGUGGAGUUGACAGCCGAAGAAAUCAAUGAAGCAGAAAUCUGCUGGAUCAAAUCGGUUCAAACGACGGCAUUCGACAAGAAACCCGCGUACCUCGAGGGAAACCAACAAUCGAGUACACCGUCAUUCGUUCCUCAACUAGGACUAUUCAUUGAUGAAAAUGGGAUCCUCAAGUGCAAGGGUCGAAUUGCACAUGCUGAUCUGCCUCAAUCGACUAAGACUUCUGUUUUGUUACCGACGAAACAUUCUUUUGUUCAGCUGGUCAUUCUCGCUGUUCAUGAAGGAGUGAAACAUAGUGGGAUAAGAGAUACAUUGUCCACUAUCAGAGAAAGAUUUUGGAUUUUACGUGGGCGCGAGGCGAUAAAGAAAGUCAUAAGAAAGUGUGUGUUGUGCCGAAAGUUACAAGGACAGCCGUUUCAACCCGAAAUCUCACCAGAUUUACCGGCUGAGAGAGUAUCCGAGGAUCCACGGCCGUUUCACCACACAGGAAUGGAUUUUGCGGGCCCCUUAUUCGUGAGGAGAUCAACAGAAUCUCAAGAAGAAGGCGAAAGUCGAACGGUUAAGUCUUAUGUAUGUCUGUUCACGUGCCAAUCUACGAGGGCAAUUCAUUUGGAACUUGUUCCAAGUCUAGACGUUCCGUCAUUUUUGCAUGCGUUUCGUAGGUUCUCUGGUCGAAGGGGAUUGCCAGCAACUUUGUUGUCCGAUAA